AUGGUAAUGAUGAGACGAAUGGUGAAGCCGCAGUAUUUCCAUUUCGGUAUGGAACUACUUGACAGGUCCGUGUUCCACGCUUACUGUCAGUUGACCUAUCUCGGUAUCACCCCAGCCCGGAGUACACGGAACCUGCAUAUGUUGGUACAGACACAGCUGAUCUUGUUCAUAAUAAGCGUAUCCCUCGCGGUGACGAACAGCUGGGAAGACAACUGCCAGACCCACCUCACGGACGUGGAGAUCGUCAAGGACUUGUCCAUAGAACUCAAUGGCCAACAAGUCAUGGUCAACUGCAUUGGACGGAUACGGGUGCACAAGUGUGAGGGAACCUGCGAGUCCAAGGUCACACCCAGUGUCUUACAUCACCCCGGAUUCAAUAAGGAAUGUCGGUGUUGCCGAGAGAGUCGCCUGGUAAGAAGGCGAGUUGUUCUGGACGAAUGCUUCUUCGAGGGAGAGCGAGUUCCAAGACUCUCACCAACAGCAGAUAUAGAAGGUCUGGAGGGAUGCGCAUGUUUCCAGUGCGCCAACUAA